AUGUCGUCCAUCGCAACCACUCUCGGCCUGCAUGCCAACGGCCUCACUCCUGUCCCCUGUCAGGCACCGUACCACGCGAUAUUCAACUUCAUGUUCGCGUACGUCUUCCUCUCAUCACGCCUUCUCAAGAAUUCAUACGGCAUCGAUCACAACGUCAACCCGCGUGAAGACAUCACACGCUUUGGCGAAAAAGCCGUCCACGAUGGAAAAAUCACCCGCCAACAGCUCAAUAUGUUGAAACGCAACGAGGCCGCCCACGCGAAUGCCAUGGAGCACUUUCCCGUGUUCAUUGGAAGCACACUCUUCGCGAUCGUCAGCCAAGUGCCCAAUGUGACCAUCAAUCGGGUCUGUACGAUCUACUCGGCUGCCAGAGUGGUGUAUGCUAUGGCGUAUUUGUCCGUGGAGAAUGUCAGGUUUUCAUAUAUCCGAAGUUUGGCUUGGUGGAUUAGCAAUUUUAGCUGUAUUUAUUUAUUGUGGAAAAGCGGCCAGGCUUUGAAUGCCGGGAUGGUAUGA